AUGCUCAACAAAAAGUUGUUCAGCGAUGGAGAAGCCUCACUCAUAGCCUCGACCAAGUCAAGAACGACCAUCGAAGCUGUCAAUGCACCUGCUGUCAAGCCAAUAAACAUUUUCUCCUUCAGUGAAGCAUUGACUUCAAAUUUUGCAACAGGUAUUGUAACUGCAAUGACCUUUAAGGACUUUACAUGCGUCGACUUGAGGAAAACGUUGACAUUUGGUUGGGUAUUACGAGUUGUGCGGGUUCAUGGCAUGGUCAUUGGUAUAGCAGAAGUGGAAGCUGCCAUUGCUAUUCAGUUUUCACUCUACAUGCUGGAAGCUGCAUUGCCAUGGCAGGGGCGGAGCCAGGAAUGA